AUAUCUCAGGUGUCCAAACCCGGCUGAUGGUACCGUCGAACUGAUGCAGAGCGGUCUCUCUACUGCAACACGAUUUUCUUUCAGGAUGUUUACCUUCACCGACGCUGACUCCAUUUACCUGCACUGCCGAAUGCACCUGUGUCUUCUGAGUGAGGGAAACUGCGAUGCCCACUGCUAUCCCGGCCACCACAACAGAGUUAGAAGAGAAUUGCUUCUUGAGGCUUCAGGCAUCUCACUUGGACCUCUCAAGACACGAUCUCGACGACAAGUUCUGAAGAGCAACGCUUCCAGUCACUUCAGCCCACUGACGAUGCUGCUGGUGGCCACCAUGCUGGCUGUCAAAACUUUAAUGUGAUGUUGUGAACUUACUCACUCAAAACUUGUUUCUAACUACUCCUGCAAUAUCUAUGUCAAAAGAUGGUGUGUGUAAAAUGAGAAACUAAUGAAAUUUACCCGUCAAUUACUUUGUGUCACUGUAAACUACAUUGUGUUAUGGGUUGGGCUGAAAAGCAAACUGUCUGCAUUGUGGGGUUUUAUUAUGUUAACUGUCUAUUUCUUUAUCCUGAGAUACUUUUGGUAUAACUAAUAUGUUAUAUGUUUAGGGAUGGGACUGACAACAUCGGGCUCUAUAUUUAUAUUUCGACGUAUCAGGAAUUGUAAUUGAAAUCUCUUCACAGUCAGCUGCUCUGCAAGUUCACUGCAAACUGUGGAAUGGAUUUUCUGUGAGAGGCAAGAGACGUGCCUUAGAGACUUCAGCUGAAAACAUGAAGCCAUUUAGCAUGUGAGCUUUGAGCAGAAUGCAUUCGAACUUAGUUAUGAGUCAGUUGGAACCCAAAGUAGAUGUAAAGUGGAGCAGUGGAGUUGGCUGACAGAACAAAACAGGAGUGCGAGAGCAUGAGACAGGCGUGUGAACGAACUGCGAUUUGGAUGUUUGCAAUUCACAAAUGCAGUGUGUGUCUUUAAAGAGCAAGUAUAUGAUGUGUUGCUGAUCAAAUGAAGCAGUAUCUUGUAUCACUUCACUUUCUCCAUAUG